AUGACAGAACACCUUUUUAAGAUGGAACCUGAUAAUAUUGGGUGUUACGUUUUACUCUCAAAUAUCUAUGCUGGGGCUGGUAGGUGGGAUGAUGUUGCAAAGUUGAGAUCAGUAAUGAAAGACAUUGGAUUGAAAAAAGAUCCAGAUGUAGUUGGAUUGAGGCUGGCAUUUCAUAUGGGAGACAAAUCACAUCCCCAAUUUGAGAUUAUAAAUGCAACGCUGGAGGACUUGGCCGGGCAGAUGAUGAAGGGUGUGUAUGCCAUUAAUACAAACUUUGUGCUCCAUGAUCUGGAAGAGGAAGAGAUGGAACCACGAUACAAUCCUGGACGGAAUAAAAUAUGA